AUGGCGUUUGUAGAGACGGGGACACAGACUGAACAGAGGUCAGAAGAACGCGCUGCUUCUGACCCCCAGCAGGCACAGGGAAGUGACCUGGUGCAAUGCCUGGAGGAGUCAGAGACACAGCUUCGUCAGCUCGACGCUAUCAAUAGUGAGAAAGAUGAAACCAUCUUGAGGUUGAGGGAUCAGGAGCAGGCGAUCGAAGUGGAGCGUCGUGAGCGAAUGGAGGAAACCCGCGAAGUCCAUGAAGUCGAAGUGGAAAAUGAAGGAGGCUUCUGGUCAACUUUCAAAUCCGGGGCAAAGAAAGUGGCCACAGCAAGUUUGUGGGCUGUGCCUGCUGUGGCUUUUGGGUUUGGUAUAUACGCUCUCACCCGUUAA